CUUUCAGUUGCAGCUUCAGCUGGAUAUCUGAUGGACUCGAAAUUGUUAGAGAUCCCUCGUGAUCAGUGGACAAUCUUGAGAGAUGUUUAUGCCGGCGAUCGCACAAAUCUGACCGGCUAUGACUUGAUAGAAUACUUCUUAAACUGGACACCAAGCUCGAGUGAUGAAACGAUCAAUAUAUAUACAACUGAUAUAGAAUUUGCAGACCACGGCAGAUAUAUUUUAAUUCAUUCUGUGGCCCAAAAGGCGUAUGUUUAUUUGAAUACUGUGAAGGGGUCUCUGGAGGAGCUGCAAUCGGCGCUGUGUACCUUAAAUCUGCAAACUUGGCAUUUGAUUUGUGGCUACGAUGAACGCUUAAAGCCAGUUGUUGAGUAUUAUUGGUCAGCCAGAGGACAGCCAUGUAAGCUGGUACACCAAGAGACGCUUGUCUACCAUUUGCCCAAAUCCACAAUUAAGAAAUUUCCACAAACAGAUACCCCACAAUUUCAGUGUCGUAAGCUGGAGCCUGUAGAUUCUCGGGUGGUGGAUAGGCAUUGGCCCUAUCGCUCUGCCGAGUCUCUGCUACUGAUAACAGGGCUUAUACGGAACAAUAUUAGUGCUGGUUUCUUUGAGACUGGAACACUGCAUGGCUGGUGCCUCAGAUCUCCGCAUGGCAGCUUGAGCAACUUGCAUGUCUUAGCCGCGUACAGACGUUCGGGUGUGGGUUCCAAGAUAAUUCGUUACAUGGCCGAAUUAAUUGAGGCUAAGGGCUCUGAAGUGCUGGCCACUGUUGUGCCUGAGAAUGAGAAAUCACGCAAAAUGUUUGAGAAACUUGGAUUUGAAGUGAUCAACAAGCUGUAUUGGUCGGCAGUGCCAGAAACACUGAAGCAGGCAAAUGAAUAAUAUUU